GUGAAGUUGAAUAUCGUCCGAAUCUGACUCGUAAAUACUGAAUGGACAAUCGCUUGUUCGUUUAGCCAGGUUAUGGAAGCUCAAGCAACAAAUCUUCAAAUCGCUGAGCUCUACUUUUUCGACCGGCUAAAGGAAAAGUCGGACACACGGUUUAGUCGAGCAAAAAUGACUACACUGGAAGCAGGUGUAUCACUCGUUGCACGGGAAGACAUCAACUGGAGGAAAGAUUUAAUUUCGCAGUUACGUGAAAGGAACAGAUCUCAAACAAACUGUUUUGCAGAUCUUAUUAGCCUACACAAUAGAUUAUUUGAAAAUGCAAACACAUUGCGUGGUGCUAACAUGCAGUUGACAAUAGCAAAUGAAACUCUUCGUCGUGAGGUAGCCAGUGGUAGUAUUGGUUUAGGUGGAAAUCCAGAUCUUGAGGCAAGACUUCUAAAACAAGCAGAAGAACUAGCGAUGCUACAUAAGAGAAAAGGUGAACAUACGCAACAAAUAGUAGAUCUUAAUAACAAACUACAGGAAAUGGCAAAGGAACUUCACGCAAAGGAUAUCAGUCUUGCAGAAAGUCAUGAAGUUAAUACUAACCUACGCAUAGACAUAACCAAAUGCCUUGGCAGAGAGAAGGAAUUGGAAGGUAUUAAUCAGAUGCUCAAGGAUGAACACCAAGCUUUGCAACUUGCUUUUGCAUCUUUAGAGGAGAAGCUCAGGAAAACACAGGAAGAAAAUCGGCAGUUGAUCGAACGAUUAAUAAAAUACAAGGCCAGAGAUGCAGAGAAAAUGAAUGAGGAGAACGAUAACUUUUUGAGUUUUACGAGUCCAACAACCUUUUUGAUGAAUACCCUAUCAAAAUUUGGAAAGAGGCAAGCAAAGAUGCAGAAAGAGUUAGAAGAUGCAGCACGAGAUACGCGACCCGUCAGUCCUGAUCGCUCGAGCUUAAAAGAAGGAAUCGCUGGUCUUCCGACAGCAGUGCCAACGAAUGUAUCCGUAACGUUUAAUGCUCAUGAUGGUGAAGUUUACGCUGUUAAAUGGUCACCUACCGAUAGAAUCUUACUGGCUACUGGUGGUGCUGAUAGAAAAGUGAAGCUUUGGAAUAUCGCCAAAGGGGCAUCUGAGAGCAAGGGCAUUCUAGUCGGCAGCAACGCUGGAGUGAUGUCGGUGGACUUCGACUCGACUGGCACUCUCAUCCUUGGAGCAUCGAACGACUAUGCAAGCCGUGUCUGGACGGUCAGUGAUCUUCGUUUAAAGCACACGCUCACGGGCCACUGCGCAAAGGUGAUGGCGGCGAAGUUUCUUGGCGAGCCAUCAAAAGUAGUUACCGGGAGUUAUGAUCGCACCCUAAAAAUCUGGGACCUGCGCAGCAAAGCAUGCAUAGAGACGAAAUUCGCUGGAUCCAGUUGCAACGACCUCGUAACUUCGGACGGGUCUGGCUCCACGAUAAUCAGCGGUCAUUUUGAUCAAAGGAUCAGGUUUUGGGAUACUCGGGCCGAAUCCAGCUCAAAUGACAUCAUACUGGAGGGGAAAGUUACAUCCUUGGAUUUAUCCCGCGACGCGAACUACCUACUGAGCUGCGUGAGGGACGACACGGUGAAGCUGAUCGAUCUGCGAAUGAAGAAGAUCGUUGGAUCUUUCAGCGCUGAUGGUUUCAAAGUGGGCUUCGAUUGCGCAAGAGCUGCUUUUAGUCCCGACGGGCAAUACAUAGCAGUUGGUUCGGCGGACGGCUCCGUUUUCAUCUGGUCCAUAGCGACAAACCUGAUCGAAACAGUGCUGAAAGGGCAUACGGCAGCGGUGACGGCGGUGUCUUGGCAUCCGCACGGCACUUAUCUGGCGUCCGUGGAUCGUGCCAAGACGGUGACGGUUUGGGGCGAUCACGUUUGACAGGACGAGUGAUCCCGGUGCGGACGAUUGUUGUUUCACGCAUGAAGAAUAUCUCGCGCGCUCGCUCGCGCCGUGCCCCCCGUCGUCCCCUCGCGGCAUCGCGCGAAAAUGAGGCGGACGCGCGCGAUUCAGCGAUCCAGCAAUCCAGCGAGAAAUCACAGCGGCGCAGCGGACUGGCGCCCCGGAGCAGAGCAGCACACAGGAGGAGGAUAUAAUCAAAAUCAUUGGACGGUUUGGCCGGGUUGUAAAGCCUUGUAAGGACGCCGUUUCGAAGCUGUAAAAGCAGCGGAGAUGUGCCGCGCUGAACAAAUCCACCAGCGGUAGGGACUAUUGUACAUAAAACUGCACUUAUUGUUACUCCCGGGUUGUAAAGAUCCCCUUUUUAGAAUAGCACCGUGCGCGCCACGCCGCGCGACCGCCGCGCAUCGUCGUCCUCUAACACCCCACGGAAAAUUUCAGAUAUUACCGUAGUACUACUCGCCCGAGAGAUUCGCUAGGUAUAACGCUCGCGCCCCGCUAAGUACCCAGAGACACAUGUCGUCAAUCGUAUCGUGUAUCACUCGACCGCUUUCUCUCUCUCUUUUCUCUCUCGAGGAACGGAGGUUCACACGCUGUGGUGCGGCAUCGUACAUAUUCGUUACACAAUAAUAUAUAACCGACUCUAUAUAUACAUAUAUACAUGCAUAUGUGUAUGUAUAUAUAAAUAUCUACCCAAAUUAUGUUACUUUAUUUGAUCUUUUCACCGAGAUAUGUCAAUUAUUGAGAUUAUCUACUUCGUAGAGGACAUUGUUCAGUGGAUCCGUGUCCAACGACACGCUAUUCGUACGGGAUCUCGAGUGUCGUGCGAGCGUGUAGACGUCCGUGUAAAUGCGCUGCGUUCCAACGAGAUUGAGUGAGAGAGUCAAGUGUCGCGUCGCGAUCGAGAACAAUUCGCGAGAGGGGAGCGAAUUGGUGACGGUCACGUCGCGCGUACCCGUUUCUAACGCGCUCUGCGAAUUAUCUUAGACUAGACAACGUGUCGGGAGAUUUUUCUCCGCUCUUUUUUUCUUUUUCUAUUAGCGUGCGAAAUCAAUUUCGCCGGAGAAACCUCAUUCUCGAGCUCACGGCCACGUCGCCGUGUGUCAAUUCGACUCGUCAGUCUCUGGAUCCUCCAACAAAAUCGGCGCGUCUCGAAGGCGAGUCCGGCAUGGAUCGGAAUGUAUUCCGGUUAGAUGAACGUUACCCCCACGAUACCAACUAAUCGCAUUGUUACAUCGUUUAUAUGAUCAGAAUAGAAUAUUGUACGCGAUCCAAGUGAUAAGCGCAACGAUCGCUUGGCCAAAACCGUUCACGUGUGCUCGUUAUUUUUAUCGUGAGAUACGUUAUAUCGGAUAUUGAGAAUUCUCUGAAAGAUGCUCGAGUAACCACUCCCCUGAAGACUCCACACGAUAUAAUAAGCCGCAAUUCCCGAAACGUUGGAUUCUCUUAAUUUUGUCUCUCUCUUUUCGCGAAUUUUGCUAUUCGUUUUGUUUGGCAAAUAAAGGCACGACGCGCGAAAGAAUCGAGCAGCUCAACUCUCCUCAACUCAUUGCCCUUGAACAUCAAUUUUGAGCGAUUUCCGACGUUUCGGGUUCAUAAACUUUUUAGCACUUUUUAUAAUUCCUCGUUUUAAUCCCCACAAUACAAAUGUUCUAUCGCGCCUGUCUACGACCAAUAAAACACGCACUCAUCUGAUUUUUAUACUUUGCAUCGCGCAGUUUCAUUCCGCGGCUGAUCUUUUUACUAGAAUUUGCGCAGCUCCUCGGUCGUUCUACCGCAUGUAUUCUAAACUCGUAAUGUCCGCGAAAUUUCGAGCUCAUAUGUUCUGACUCACGUUGCAGGAUAUAAUUGUUUAAUGCGUUUACAUAUAUAUGCCAUAUAAUUCAAUAGCCAGAUACUUACGAUAGUUCGCCUGCGUUUGCAAAUUGUGAGAAAUGUUUGAUUGUUAAACGAGGAAAACUGAUCGUUGGUUUGCGCGGCAAUUAACAGAGAGUGCCGUUUCUCAAUGUUCAAAGGGAUACGAACUCGUUUGCACUCUUGCUCAAUGAGAACGUCGAAUCGCGAAAUUACUUACUCCAAGAUCGCAGUUGGCAUGCACUCUGCGCCUGCUUCUCGACUAACUGAUAUAUAAAUAAAAGUAAUAAUUUAUCGUUUAAUUUCCGCGUGGACUCAAAAUUUGAAUCUCAAAUACGGAAAAGAAGAUCUUACUGCUGCACCUAAUACAGUUUGUUAAGAAUGUUUUGUUGCUGUGCAACUAAAAAUUUGCUGCUGUAACCAAAACCUUUGUUGUUAUUAUAUCGGUUUCAUAGCUAAUAUACAGGGUGUCCCAUUUUAAAAGAUCCACCUUCAUGAUUCUUCAGCCAAGUAUAUUCAGCAAAAAUGUUUCAGACAAAAGUCGAGUUCAGAGGGGGACAUCUGAAGGUGACCUUGACUUU